CUCUGAAUCUAAACAGUCGAAAGAAACACUGGAUACGCGACAUAGUUGCUUACAUUUUAUGAGGGCAUGGUUCAAGACGACGUAAGAUCAGCGGUGAGGCUGUUGCUAUAGAAACGCAGGCAGCACAGGUUGUCGUCGGUUGCUCGGUGAAGAGGUAACGUUAGCGAAGGCUCACUCGUAUGUCCGGAAAGUGGCCAGGCGGAUCUGGGGACCGGUGAUUUAAAAGAGACAAUAAAGGAACGGAUCAGAAGAAGGACAUGUCGGAGCGAGUCGCUUCAUGUGGGAACCUGUGUGACACGAACACGCUUCUGCUUCGGUAUUGCAACGAUGAUAAUGUGUCAGCCGGGAGUGGGAUGGAGAUGGAUGACCGUAUCUCUCACCUGGAGCAGAGGGUGCAGCUGCAGGAGGAUGAGAUUCAGCUGAUGAAGGCGGCACUGGCGGAUGCUUUGAGAAGGCUGGGCUGCUGUGAGGAGAUCACACAGGCCAGCAGCAAGAAAGGUGGACCUACUAAAGUGCGGCAGAUACUGCAAGCUCUGCCAUCCAAGCCACUGACAAAUGGCUAUGUGCAAACAAAACGCUUGAGUGGCUAUCCUUCCUCUCCCUCCUCUCCGAAAAAGGAGGUGCUGAUGUCUAUCAAAAG